ACUCUCAGUGUUUUCUUGUUAGUGCUAUCCAUUCCAUUCUAUGGAGUAUAUGAGUGAGUGAAUUUUCUUUUUGAGUAGAAACCAUUGAAACUAAGAAAGAUGGCAAUUUUGUCUGUAUCAAUUUCAGCAACAAUCCCAAAUUCCCACAUUUCUCGCAGCAAUGUUUCUCUGAAAACCAGUUUUCUCAACAACCCACUUGUCAAUUUGAAAUUUUUAGGAGCCCCCAACAGCAAAAAGAAUGGUAUGGUUGUGAGGAUGAGCUAUGAGGCCGGUGUGGGAGUAAUGGCAACGAAGCUAGGCAUGAUGAGCUUCUUCGAGCCCAAUGGCAAGGUUGUUCCAGUCACUGUGGUGGGGUUUAAGGAAGGAAACAUUGUGACCCAGGUGAAAACUGAGGCUACUGAUGGCUACAACAGUGUCCAAGUUGGGUACAGAAGGGUCAGGGACCGCAAGCUCACAAAGCCAGAGAUGGGUCAUUUGCAGAAAGCGGGUGCUAUUCCUAUGCGCCAUUUGCAGGAGUUUCGUUUGGUUUCUGUGGAUGGGUUUGAGGCUAACCAGAGGCUUGUGUUUGAUGAUCUUUUCAAGGAGGGUGAUCUUGUUGAUGUGGCUGGCACCACCAUUGGAAAGGGUUUUCAAGGUGGAAUCAAGCGACACCACUUCAAAAGGGGUCCAAUGACCCAUGGUUCCAAGAGUCACAGAGCUCUUGGAUCCAUUGGUGCUGGAACAACACCAGGUCAUGUAUACAAAGGAAAGAAGAUGCCUGGUAGGAUGGGAGGAACCAAGAGAAAAAUCAGAAAGCUUAAGAUUGUCAAAGUUGACAACGAUCUUAAUGUUGUCAUGAUUAAAGGUGCUGUCCCUGGUAAGCCUGGAAAUCUUUUGCGUAUAACUCCAGCAAAGAUUGUAGGGAAGAACAUACCAAAGAGUUAACUGCCUAUUUUUGUGUAUGCUUUAAUGUACUUUGAAUUGUCAAAUCACUACGAUACUUUUCCCAAGUAGAAUUUAGUAAAUCUGGUUGUUGGUAUAUUAUUUUUGCCAGUAAAUGAGUUUGGCAUUAUUGA